AAACAAAUAACAUAUCAAAGUAUGUCGCAGAUGGAUGACCAGAGCCGGCUGAUGGCCGAGUUCUCCAGCCAGUCCAGCGUGGGUCCGGCGGCACGAAUAGUCAAGCAGCAGGACGUGGACCUGUGGCAGGUCUCGGAGGCAUACCAUGAACUGAUUGCGUACAUCAACACCGUGAGCACAACCAUUCAGGGCUUGAGGCUGAAUGGCAACUACCCCGUCAGCCCGGCCAUCACGCGGCUGGCGGGCAUCUUCGACCAGCUGGAGGUCAUGGUCCACGCCAAUCCCCCCAUUUUGGUGGACAACGCCGCAUCCUUCGCCAGCUCCAUCGAGCAGGGGAACAAAUCCUACCGCCGCUGGUCCCGCAGCAUGCUCCGGAACAUCUACCAGAUGGUGGAGAACGCGUUGCCCGCCAGCAAGUGCUUCCACGUGAACGAACUGGGCGAAUACCUGUCCGGCUCGUUUGGCAACGCGACCAGAAUCGAGUACGGCACCGGCCAUGAGCUGAGCUUCCUCUUUUUCCUGUGCUCCCUCUUCCGGGCGCAGAUCCUGCAAGAGGACGAUGUAGCCGCCUCGGCUUUGGUCAUCUUCGCUCGCUACCUCAAAUUCGUGCGACGUCUGCAGGUGAUCUACACCAUGGAGCCGGCGGGAAACCACGGAGCCUACUCCCUGGACACCUUCCAGUUCGUGCCGUUCCUCUGGGGCGUGGCCCAGCUGAGCCACGAGGCUCCCUUCUCGCCACGCCAAAUGCUCAACGCGGACGUGGUGUCGCGCUACAGGUCGGAGUAUCUGCUGAUCGGCUGCGUCGGCCACGUCUCGGACACCAAGAUGGGCCCCUUCGCCAUGCACUCCAGCCAGCUGUGGAGUCUGGCCGCCCUCUCCUCCUGGUCGAAGAUCCACCGCGGCCUGCUCUUCAUGUACAUGGACGAGGUGUUGGCGCAGUUCGAGAUCAUGCAGCUCAUCCGCUUCGGCAAGCUGAUGCCCUUCAGCGAGGCCCAAAAGGGGCGACAGGUGGAGCAGGCUAAACUGGGUGUCAUGUCCCCGCUGAGCCGUCGGCAGCUUGAACUCAAACUCGAGGAGACGGAACAGCGGCAGAAGGACCCAGACGUUGAGCCACAAAAGAAGCCAGCGAAGGCUGUGCAACAGAUCGGAGCAUGGAGCACGGAGUUUAACGAUUCGGAGAGCAUUAUAUCCGCUGGCUCUACCAGCACCAGCCUCACGGAUGUCAGUGUCCAUCUGCGCUCCCCGUCCAAGGAUGAUGUUGAGGCUGUUGACAAACAACUGUAGUCUGAAGCAGUUUGUUUUUUUCGCAUAAAUAAAAUUGA